GCUCACACAAAGAGCCUUGGGGCUUUAUUUGUCCUCUGAAUGCUCUCUCAGCCUCGUGGGAUCUCUCCACUCGGACGACGGACAUAAGCGAGACUACUCUUGCUGGGAGAUCUCCUGCGACAUGCCACUUAAUGGGCUGAAGUUGUUUCUUGAGCUAAUGUCAUGAGGAUCUAGGAGCGCCAAAGAAGAGCUAACACUCAUUCUCCAUUUAUGCUGAGAUAAAACUUCUACUGCACGCUGAAGACCUGUGAGCGAAGCACGGCCAGCAUCGGGAAAGAAUGCCUGCCGAUACGCGACAGAUGAUCAAGUGGGAAACCGCCCAAGAUGGCUUGGACAAGCUGACCAAAUCCACUUGUCCAAUUCCUGUCCCAGGCGAGGACGAAGUGCUCGUUGAAGUUCGUGCAGUGUCUCUAAAUUAUCGAGAUACUGAAGUUGCUAUGGGCCUUUACACCCAUCACAAAGCAAUUGGAGCGAGCCCAAAGGUCGUCCCCUGCUCAGAUAUGUGUGGCAUUGUAGUCGGACUUGGGAAUUCCGAACGUGGCAGUUGGAGCAUCGGGGAUCGUGUUCUUUCCAUUUCCAACCAGACACAUCUUACCGGCCAGAUAAAAGAGAAGGACAUGGCGUUCGGUCUCGGCCUCCCCCUUGAUGGCGUACUCCAGCAAUAUAGAGUCUUUCCAAUGACGGGAUUGGUCAAAGCGCCCGAUUAUCUCAAUGAUGAGGAAGCAUCCACCCUGCCUGUCGCCGCACUUACAGCAUGGAUGGCUAUCAACGGAAUGAGGCCCAUCAACAAUCCAGGUGGCCAUGGAGAGACUGUCCUGUUACAAGGAACCGGCGGAGUUUCCAUAAGCGGUCUACAAAUUGCGCAUGCAGCUGGUGCGAAGACCAUCAUAACUUCCUCUUCGGAUGCCAAACUUGCUCGCGCAGAGGGAUUGGGAGCGACCUUCACUGUCAACUACCGCAAGAACCCUGACUGGCAGAAUGUCGUCAUGAAAGUGACCGAGAAUGAAGGUGUCGACAUUAUAUUUGAGAAUGGAGGUGCACAGACUCUGAGAAAAUCAUUCGACUGUAUUUCAUUCGGGGGUCUUAUCAAUUGCAUCGGCUAUCUAAGCGGGAAGCAGGACGAGCCUGCCGAUCGCACCAAUACCAAUGUCCUAGCACUGCGGCGCAAUGUCACGUUAAAGGGAAUCCUCAACGGGCCCAGGGACAGAUUUGAAGAGAUGAUGCGCUUCUACGAAGGAAAGAAGAUCAGACCCGUGGUCGACAAAGUCUUCCCCUUCGACGAAGCCAAAGAAGCGCUUCAGUAUCUAUACGGAGGGGCACACUUUGGCAAGGUUGUCAUACGGGUGAGUCCCUGAACAUGUGGAAAAUUGACACGCACGCGCAGUCCAGGACAAUAUAUAUAGUACAAUGUAUAAAUUUGACGAG